AUGUCUGCCCUGGCAGGUGAAAAAGAACGUAGAUUCUCUUUCUCCUCGACAUCCUCCUCAACCCUGAUCGGCAUGCGCACGAAGCGGAAGAAGACGACGACGGUGGGGCAUGAGAGUCACUGGCAGAAAGAUCACAAAUAUCCAGCAGCCGAGCAACAAGGUCUUGUUCUCGGCCCUUGUCCAUCCAACAACGGGGCCCGGCGGCCACCCGGCGAAUUUUGUGUCUUUGAAUAUCUAUCUCAGACCGCUGCCGUCAACCUUCACCCCACUUGCGCUGACCGAACUAUGCAUGUCCGUGGUCCCCUGCUGGUCAACAACCUGAAGGCCGCCGGCGUCAACAAGCCCGCUCCCAGAUUGUCUCCCUGA